AUGGCCCUAAUAACGACGGGGAAGGCAGGAUCGAUCUCUUCUUUCGAAGAGUUGGCAAAGUCCUUCAUAGACUACUUCCCUGCAGCAAGGAUAUAUGUGCACGGAUCGGACUACCUCGGCACCAUCCGCCAAGGUCCCCAAGAAAGCUUGAAAGACUACCUCACCAGGUUUGCAGAAGCGACAAUGGAAAUACCAGACCUAGAUCCCGCCGUCCACCUGCACUCCAUAAAGGCUGGUCUCCGACCUGGAAAAUUCAGGGAGACAAUUGCGGUAACAAAGCCGAAGACAUUGGAAGAAUUCCGUGAGAGGGCGGCAGGACAAAUGGAGAUUAAAGAACUCCGUGAAAUCGAAAAAACGGAGAAAAGGCAACCUAAAAGAGAGGAUGAAAAGGCGACAAGAUCGACAAAUGUCAAAGACCUCAAAAGGCCCUUCAGACUAACCCCAAAAUUUGACAACUACACCAAGUUCAACUCGAGGAGGGAGAAAAUAAUCAAAGAAAUACUCAAUACUAAAAUUAUAAAACCACCGGCAAGAGCUGGGAGCUAUCAAGAUCAAAGGUUUGUCGACAAAAGCAAGCACUCUGCCUUUCACCAAAAAUACGGCCACACAACAGAUGAAUGCGUAAUAGCCAAGGACCUAUUAGAAAGAUUGGCACGACAAGGUCUCCUAGACAAAUACAUCGAAGGAAGGAAACAUAGGGAAGGUGGCAGAGAAGAACGCCAACAAACCUCGGAAAGUAAAGAAAACAAUAAAUGGCCAAACAACACGCCACCUAAAGUGGUCAUAAACACCAUAUCAGGAGGAUUCGCCGGAGGAAGAGAAACGACUUCGGCAAGAAAGCGCAGCUACCACACAAUGCUCGCAAUAGAAGGAACAACACCAUAUAGCAAUAAGAACACCUCAGACCUAGAAAUCAUCUUCAACCAGAAUGACAUACGCUCGGCCUCGCCACACUUAGACGACCCAGUGGUAAUUUCUAUCCAAAUAGGCGAGUUAUUGGUAAGAAAAGUCCUCUUGGACCCAAGUAGCAGUGCCGAUGUUCUAUUUUACAAUACUUUUCUAAAAAUGAAAAUAUCUGAAAAACUCAUACAACCCUCAUCCGGAGAACUAGUCGGAUUCUCUGGAGAGAGGGUACCAGUUAAGGGGUACAUAUGGUUGAAGACAAUGAUGGAAAACCACCCAUUGUCACGAACCGCUGACAUACAAUUUCUUAUAGUUGAUUGCCCUAGUCCUUAUAAUAUCAUCCUCGGGAGACCUGCUCUGAACACAUUCAGGGCAGUAGUUUUGACCUUCCAUCUAUGUGUAAAAUUUCAGGCACAGGACGGAAAGAUAGCAACACUACAUUCGGACCGACAACAAGCUCGGCAAUGUUACAAUGCAAGCCUAAAAAAGUCGGCACCGAGACUGGAGUUCCAGCAAGAGAUCAAAGCAAUCCAUAACACAACCGAGGUAUUGUCUUUAGUGGAGCUUGAUCCUCGGGAAGACACGCAAGAAAGGCCUCAACCAGCAGACGAGCUCCAGAAAAUUCCACUGACGGAGAAGCCAGAACAGUUCACAUACAUUGGUCAAGCACUACAAGGAAAAGAAAGAUUAGAGCUCGUACAAAUAUUGCAAGACAAUGCCGAUCUAUUUGCCUGA